UCAUUAAUACUAAUCAUCCAGUCCCUAGAAAGGUCUUUAAUGGGUAUUUAAAAGUGAAUCAAAGGCCACCCUUUAAUUCACCUGGUCAAAUCUCUCUUAUGCUCUUGCUCUCUCUUUUUUUUUUAAAAUGUGAGAUCAAAUCUUUUGGAGCAGAAUUGGAGAGUUAAAAGUUAGCAGUGGUUAACUCUCUGUGGCUUGCUCUGUGUUCUCCCUCCAACAUUCAGGGUAUGCAGCAGUUGUGGGUUAUUUUGCAGAUUAUAAGAAAAUGUAUUUGAAUUUUCAAAACAAAACAUUUUGGGAAAACCUGCAUCUAAAAAGUGGCCUUGAGGACUGGGAUAUGGAGGAGGAGCUCAAGCUAACCACCACCACUGAUCAGUUUUCUCAAGCUGCAGAUGAAAAACAGAACCAUCACAUGCUGAAGUGGCAGUGUGAGCGACAGGUGCGCAGGAACUCACUCCCCAGGGAACCAUCCGACACCCUCCCAUCCAUACGGCCUGCAGAAUCUUAUGUGCAGCCUCAUUUGUGGAUGUGGAUGAACCCCAAUCUGGUUUGCCCCAUUGCCAGCUGUCCCAGUGUGGACAUGCCAGGACCCAGUAGCCCAGCAUUCUCAGCAGCUGCUGCUCCAGGGUUUUCUCCUCCAAACCCUUCCUUGAAUUGCUCCAACCUUGACUGUUCUGAGGAGGAUCUGCUGUCGUCAUCCAGUGAGGCAGAGAAGUUCACUGAGGAUGAAGAUGUCUCAUCGGUGGACAUCUCACUCUCUCAGAAAAUGGAGACUCCCAAAUCUAAGGCUGCUCUGGCACCCUGGAAACCAAAGGUCCCCAGAUCUCAGAGCAAGAAGCUCAAGUACAUCCUGCAGGCGAGCACCAAACUCAAAGGGGGCUGGCCCCGGCCCCCCCUUAAUUACUGCAUCCUCAUCACCCUGGCCCUGCGUAACAGUGCAGAAGGCAGCCUGACUGUGCAGCAAAUCUACCAAUUCACACGGCAGCACUUUCCCUUUUUCCAGACAGCCCCAGAUGGCUGGAAAAACACCAUUCGUCACAAUCUGUGCUUCAGUAGCAGCUUUGAAAAAACCACCCACUUUGUGUGCAACGAGGGCAACCGCAAGUCCCGCCUGUGGAAGCUGACACCAGAAGGCUGCAGAAAGUUCCAGGAAGAGGUAUGGGCUCUAUCUGAGGAGGCCCUCAACUUAGUGAGCCAGAGCUUGAGCAAACCAGAUGCAAUCUUUGUUCAGUCUCUGAUCCCUGCUGCCCCCGAGAUAAGGACCAUGUGGUUCCCAAAGCUUAUUUCCUCCUGAGUUACUACAGUCAGCUUCCAAGCAAUCUCAGAAGGGAGCCCUAGAUGUGAAUGGAAACUCUAG